AUGGUGAGCAGUGUGUUUGACCCACUGGGAUUUUUGGCCCCGUUCACUCUAAAAGCAAAGUGUUUACUACAAGAACUUUGUAAACUUCAGCUAGGAUGGGAUGCGAAGAUACCAGGACAUCUCGCACUACAGUGGAACGAAUGGCUACAAGAUCUAGAGAGACUUUCUGACUUUAAAGUGUCAAGAUGUUAUAAACCUGUUGGAUUCGGAGAAAUAAAGUCCAUACAGCUACAUCACUUCGCAGAUGCCAGUGAACGUGGAUAUGGAACUGUAUCCUAUUUAAGACAGGAGAACUUUGAUGGUGCAGUUCAUUGCUCAUUCGUUAUUGGCAAGUCACAAGUCGCUCCAUUAAAACAGACGACAAUUCCUCGACUAGAAUUGACAGCGGCUACAGUAGCAGUUCGCACAGAUAAGAUGUUGAAAUCCGAGUUAGAUGUACCUAUAGAUGAAACUGUGUUUUGGACAGACAGCAUGGCAGUUAUUCGGUAUAUAAGAAAUACCUCAUCUAAAUUUCACACUUUCGUCGCAAAUAGACUUGCAGUGAUUCACGAAGGUUCCUUACCUGAUGAAUGGCGAUACAUCAAUACCAAACAAAACCCUGCUGAUCUUGCAUCACGAGGCAUGUCCGCUAUUAACAUUCUUCAAGGAAAACAUUGGCUAACAGCACCUGAAGUCUUGUUAGCAAAAAAUGAUAGUUGGACUGAAAAACCAAUGGAACUUUCUGAUGAGAUACCUGUUGACGAUCCAGAGGUCAAAAAAGUCACAGUGAGGGCAGUUAUUCAUACACGUGAAUCCUGUGAUAAUCAUGUUGAUAGUGUUGAAAGACUCUUGAACUAUCAUUCCUCAUGGUACAAGUUAAAGAAAAGUGUGGCAUGGAUUCUCAAAAUAAAGAAAAAACUGUUUCUCAGAACUCGACGCAAUACACAAUUAAUAAAUCAAGCAGCUGAGACAUAUUUAUCAGCUGAGGACUUGCAGGAAGCUGAAGUUGCUAUUUUGAAAUUCAUUCAAAGAAAAUCAUUUGCAUCAGAAAUCGAAGAGCUGAAGAAAGGACAUCCUGUGAAACUUAGUAGCAAUGUCAGAAAAUUAGACCCUAUUCUUGAUGAUGGACUCAUUCAUGUUGGUGGUCAAUUGCACAGAGCAAGUAUGCCAUUAGAAACCAAGCAUCCAAUCAUCUUACCUAAGGAUCACCACGUGUCAAAUCUGAUAUUGAGACAGAUCCAUUGUGAACUGAAACAUAGUGGUAGAAAUCAUAUGCUUUCAAUGUUAAGACAAAAAUACUGGUUAAUACAUGCGCCUUCUUCUAUCAGGAAGUUGAUUUCAAAGUGUAUAGUAUGUCGCCGCCAAAGAGCUAGAGUUGGAGAACAGAAAAUGGCUCAAUUACCAGAGGAUCGUUUAAUACCUGAUGAACCACCAUUCACUAGAGUUGGCGUGGACUAUUUUGGUCCUUUUGAAGUGAAAUUGAAGAGAAGUCACGUCAAACGUUAUGGUGUUAUCUUUACUUGUCUUGCCAGUCGUGCUGUGCAUUUAGAAGUUGCGUUUUCUUUGACUACAGAUUCCUACAUCAACGCUUUACGUCGUUUCAUUGCACGCAGAGGUCAUGUGAAGAAAAUUCGCUCGGACAAUGGGACAAACUUUGUUGGGGCUGAUCGUGAACUUAGAAACUCGAUAAACGACUGGAAUGUGUCACAGAUUCAUGAAACAAUGCUACAGAAAAACAUAGAUUGGCAGUUCAACCCCCCAGCAGGAUCCCAUCAUGGAGGUGUCUGGGAGAGAAUCAUCAGGACCAUAAGAAAAGUGAUGAACAGUGUUCUUCGAGAACAGAUCCUAGAUGAUGAAGGACUCAAUACACUUAUGUGUGAAAUAGAGGCCAUUCUCAAUGAAAGACCAAUAACCAAGAAUUCCGAUCAUCACAACGACCUAGAGGCUUUGACACCAAAUCAUCUCUUGUUAAUGAGACAACAGCCAAAUUUACCGUCAGGUGUGUUUACGAAAUCCGACAACUACUGCAUACGUCGUUGGAGGCAGGUUCAAUAUAUGGCCAACCUCUUCUGA